AUGGUCUUCGCUGUUGGCAAAAUGCUUGGCAUCAGCGGGACUUCCGCUCGCGUGCAAUUCACUCGCGUUCAACACAAGAUAGAGGCCGUGCAGGAUCAUGAGGAGCAGCAGACUCCCAUCCACACUGAGCACCGGUUAGAUGAAGAGGUCGACGACGACGACGACGACGCCGCGGCGCUGUGA